GUGUGUGUGUGUGUGUGUGUAGUGAGUGAGAGUGUGUGUGCGUGUGUAGUGAGUGUGUGCAUGUGUAGUGAGUGAGUGAGUGUGUGUGUAGCUGUACAAAUUAGUGUUGUGAGAGUGACGUCGGUGUGUGUGUAUAUAAAGUGUGUGAACUGAUGGCGAAUCACCAGAAAUCAGCAGCUUGUGAAACUUCAACAGUCUUCAGACUCUCGUUCAUCUGGUUUCUUGUAAAGUUCGUUGUUAUUGUACUUUAUAAAAUGUCUCGAGUGUUUUCAGCGCUUCUGAUAGUGUGUGUGUACGGUGUGUGUGUGAGCGCGAACCGGGUGGAAUUACCGAGAGAUUUCGGAGUGAAACUGUGCGGGCGCGAAUUCAUCAGAGCUGUUAUAUUCACCUGCGGAGGAUCCCGCUGGAGGAGAGAAACAGACUACAGUCCGUUCACACUGGACUCGUUUCAGAACUCUGUGGGUACAGAUGCUGAUCUGAUCCCGAGUGAUGAUGCUCCGCUGGUGUCUCUGUCCGAGCUGCUGCAGGUGAUGAGCGCUCAAACACAGACAGAUGACGAGAGGAGAGAGACAGGCGAGAUGGAACCAGUAGACGGGGUGAGCGGGUGGCUGGCGGCACUCUUCUCCUCCACACCGUCAGGGGGCGCCAGAGCCUCCAGCGUGAACAGAGCCCGUCCGGACCGGAGGAAGAGGAACUUCUCACUGGGUUUGGCGGGAAUGUGCUGUAAUCAGGGCUGCACGAAAAACGACAUAGGCCGCUUGUGCUGAAUGAUGAUGAUGAAGGACUCGACUCUUUAAACACUGUAUAUAUGACAUAUAUAAUGCAGUUAGAUCCGUACCUAAUGCUUUCAGUUGUAUUUAUUUAAAAACUCUUUCCUAAGACUGAAUAAAUGUUAAUGUCUUGAUUGCAACUUUCA